UCUUUUUUGCAGUGCCGCGAAGGCACAGUCACGUUUACUUACUUUCAGAAGAAGUCUUUCUCAAUACUCUGAAAGUAUUUUAUCUGGAAGUAAUAGCAAUUAUAUAGAUGAGAUGUAUAUUUCCUGGAAAAAAGAUCCGUCGUCUGUCCACAAAUCCUGGGACAUAUACUUUAAAAACGUUGAAAACGGAAAUAUGAAAAAUGCUUUUUGCCUUCCUCCAUCUUUAGAUAAUCGGGCUGCGCUCAGAAAGGAGAUGCCAUGUGGCUCAUCGGAUACUUUACGAGCGGCGAAGGAGUACGCUUCGAUUCUGUCUCUGAUUCGCGCUUAUCAAGUUCGUGGGCACCUCAUGGCGAAUCUUGAUCCUCUGGGCAUCAGUAAUAACGCUCUUUGCGAUGAAAAGUUUGACGAAUGCAAUUAUAAGACAUAUUGUUUUUCUGAAGCUGAUCUCGAUCGUGAAUUUUAUAUACAAGAUGAAAAUAUGGGAGGCGCACUUUCGUUUUUUGGGUUUGGCGAGCAGCAAAAGGCCACCCUUCGGACCAUUCUUGAGCGACUUAAAGAAAUAUACUGCAAUACUAUUGGCUGGGAGUUUAUGCAUAUUAACGAUCGAGAAAAAUGUGAUUGGCUACGCAGAGAAAUUGAAUUCCCGGGCAACAUGUCGGUUUCGCGCGAAGAAAAAAAAGUUAUUCUGCGACGUUUGAAUCAGGCGGACGGUUUUGAAAAUUUUCUACAAACAAAGUGGGGAAGUGAAAAACGUUUCGGAAUUGAAGGCUUAGAAUCUACUAUUGUUUGUGUAAAGGGAAUAAUAGACAAAGCAAGCGAAUUGGGCGUUGAGGCUAUUGUGUUGGGGAUGCCCCAUCGUGGCCGCCUCAAUGUGCUUGGAAAUGUGCUUAAGAAGCCUUUAGAAAGUUUGUUUUCCGAGUUCGAUUCUCACUUACAACCUACUGAAGAAGGAAGCGGGGAUGUGAAGUACCAUUUGGGCUCCUCUUCGGACCGACUGACGCGUUCAGGCCAUAAGAUUCACUUAUCGCUGGUUGCAAAUCCUUCUCAUUUGGAAGCAGUAAAUCCAGUGGUUCUUGGAAAAGUUCGCGCGGAACAGUUUUAUCGUAACGAUCAUCAACGCCAACGGGUUGUCCCUCUUCUUCUUCAUGGAGACGCCUCAUUUUCAGGACAAGGAGUUGUGUAUGAGUGCUUGAACAUGAGCGAUCUUCCCAACUAUUCGACGGGAGGGACUCUUCACGUAAUUUGUAAUAACCAAAUUGGCUUUACCACGGACCCCCGCUUCUCUCGUUCUUCCCCUUAUUGUACGGACGUAGCAAAGUCCUUGCAAGCGCCAAUAUUCCACGUGAAUGCCGACGACGCCGAGGCAGUUUUAAAAGUUUCAGAACUUGCCAUAAAAUGGCGGCAAAAAUGGGGGGAAGACGUCGUUAUUGAUAUUAUUGGCUAUCGGCGUCACGGUCAUAACGAAGGCGACAAUCCGGCUUUUACUCAACCAAUGAUGUACAAGGCCAUUGCUAAGCACUCGCCUGUGGAGAAGAUGUAUAAGGAAAGGCUGUUAAAAGAAGGAGUCAUUUGUGAAAAAGAAUAUAGAAAACUUGAUGAAGAUUAUCAGCGGUUAUGCAAAGAGGCCUUCGAAAAAAGCAAAAAUGAAAAAAUUCGUAUUGAUGAUUGGCUGGAUUCGCGCUGGAAGGGCUUUAAGGCGCCGAGAAACAUGUCAUUGGCCAGAGACACCGGCGUUUCAAUAGAACGACUGAAGCAUAUUGGCACUGUUAUUAGUACGGUCCCUAAAGGUUUUACUAGCCAUCGAGGAGUUGAUCGGAUAUUAAAAGCUCGAAUGCAAACUGUUAAGUCCGGAAGCGGUAUCGACUGGGCCACUGCAGAGGCACUUGCCUUUGGAACGUUGCUUAUGGAAAAGUUUCAUGUUCGUUUAAGCGGGCAAGACGUGGAGAGAGGCACUUUUUGUCAGCGCCAUCACGUGCUUCAUGACCAGAAUACUGAAGAAACUUAUGUCCCUCUUAACCAUCUUUUGGACGAACAAGCGAAGUAUACCGUUUCAAACAGUUCUCUAUCAGAAUAUGGCAUUCUCGGGUUCGAGCUCGGCUACAGUUACGCCAAUCCCAACUCGUUAAUUUGUUGGGAAGCUCAGUUUGGCGAUUUUGUGAAUGGAGCGCAAAUUAUCAUUGACCAAUUUCUGUCUUCUGGUGAGCAAAAGUGGCUCCGCCAAUCAGGAUUGACUUUGUUUCUACCACAUGGCUACGAAGGAAUGGGCCCCGAACAUUCUUCUGCUCGGCUCGAACGUUUUUUGCAAGCGUGCGAUGAUAAUUGCGAGGUUUUUCCCGAUAAUUUAUCCGCAAAGCGGCAAAUCCAGCAGUGCAAUUGGCAAGUCCUUAAUUGCAGCACUCCCGCCAAUCUUUUUCAUGCUUUACGCAGGCAGUGCCAUAGAGAUUUUAGAAAACCGUUGAUCUUGAUAACUCCGAAAUCUUUGCUGCGUUUGGAGGCAUGCACCUCCUCAUUAAAAGAAAUGGCGGAAGGCACGCGCUUUGAAAGGCUUUUAUUUGAAAAAAAAUCUUCCGACUCAUUUCGAAAAGUUAUAUUUUGCACUGGAAAAGUAAAGUAUACUUUAAUGGAAGCUCGAAAAGAAGCUGGCUUAGAGAAUGAAAUCGCUAUUGCUUCUGUUGAGCAGAUUGCACCGUUUCCAUUCGAUCUUGUAAAGCAGCAAGUCGAAAAGUUUCCAAGUGCUUCUAUUGUUUGGUGCCAGGAGGAACCCAAAAAUAUGGGCGCAUGGAGCUACGUCAAGCCAAGAAUAUGGACGUCUCUUAAAAAUUCAUCCACCCAUAAGGAUUGCCAUCCAACGUACGUCGGUCGUCCUCCUUCUGCUGCAACUGCCACCGGCGUAAAGUCGCAACAUUACAAAGAAGAAAAAAACUUUUUGAAUGAAGCGAUGUCUUGAGU